UUGAAAUUUGGUUUUCUGAAAAUGAAAAUUUGUCUAAAGCUUUAUCUUUUGGCCAAAAAUGUGUUUUAUUUUUGUCGUCAUUAAAAGUGUAUGAACAUAUAAAGUUACUUAUGUCAAGAACAGUCUACCGUUGGAAUCACUUUAGCGAUUGGCUGCACGCAUUCAACCUUCACGCGAAAGCAUUAAAGAGCAAAAAGCUACUGAAUGAUUAUGUUGCCCAAUCGCGUGAAGUGUUGUUGCUGUCAUUCAUUAAACCGAAAAGAGUUUUCUUUCAUAAUCUUUGUUUUUAGCUUGACACGAAUUUAGAUAAUGAAGUGAAUAAAAAGUAAAACAUGACUUCGGUAACAGAGAGCGCCACCCAAGUCAGGCGUAGGAGUCGGUUUCAAUUAUUAUUCCAGCGAGUUACAGGAUAUAAUGGCUUGGCUGACAGAGUAAUUGAUGAAGACUUGCACAAUAGACAAGUUUCUGUCCGGCCGUGCGGUGCAUUUUCCGCUGCGUCCGACACUGUUUCUGAUUUAUUCAGGAUGCAUAAAAGUACCAAAACUGGACUUAUAGGAAUAGCAAUUUUGAUCUGUGUGGCCCUUGUUGUUUUACUUUUGAACUUGGAAAGCAUUAAAUCUAGUCAUGGAGAUUGUGUCCAACUUGAUGGGGAAGAAAGAUGCCAUUCUACAGAUUCAAAUCCUUUUCGAUACUAUGGAACUAAAACAGCAUAUCAUAUAGCUCUUCAGAAUGGUACUAAUUAUGACCAGGAUACCCAAAAUUGUGAAGCAAAAGUAUUUUAUCUUCUAAGCAGACAUGCUACCAGAUAUCCUGAUGCAGAUAAUAUGAAAGUGAUGAAUGAUGCAUUGCUAAAAUUAAAAGAGAAAAUAAUAAAUUCAUCUUACACAGACAAAGUUAAAAUGUGUCAGAAUGAUUUGGAAAGACUGAAGAUGUGGACAAUAUCGUUUCGUUUAGAAGAUGAUAAUAAAAUAAGUUCUACUGGAGAAGAAGAAGCCAUUGAAUUAGCUCGGAAUUUUAAAAAACGAUUCCCAGCAAUAUUUAAUCAAGACUAUACACCUGAGAAGUUUGUCUUUGAAUACACCAGCAGAGAAAGAACAAGAAGUACUGCUGAAUAUUUUGCCAAGGGUCUUUUUGAUGAAGGGUACAAAGAUAUUGACUUUGAAGAAAAAUUAAAUGAUGAAGUUUUGCAGUUCCACAAAAAAUGCCAGAGAAUGCAGAAAGACUGCAAAGACAAAUCUCUAAAUGUAUUAGAAAUUAUUGAAUUUGACCAUGGACCAUUAAUGAUGAAGCUUACAAAAAGUAUAUCAGAUAAAGUUGGAUUUGAGCUAACAAUGGAUGAAGUACUGACCAUGUACAAGGCUUGUUUUUUUACCUAUGCAUUGGAUAUGGAUGAUGCUUGGUGUUCAUUGUUCAGUCCAGAUGAAUUGAAAGUUUUGGAAUAUGCUGGUGAUAUUGAUGAUUAUUAUAAAGAUGCUUAUGGGAAUGAAAUUAAUCCUAAACAAGCAUGUCCAGUUGCUGAUUAUGUUGUAGAUUUAUUUAGGGAGUACGAGAAUGUCUCUAACAGCAAAGCUGUGAUGCAGUUUUCUCAUGCUGGAGGUGUUAAAAAAGUAUUUUCACUUUUUGGGCUCUUUAAGGACGAGAAACCUCUUAAGGCUGACGACUUUUGUUCUCAACAACAGAGGAAAUGGCGAUCUAGUCUGGUUGCGCCUUUUAAUGCUAACCUUGCGCUGAUCCUUUUUCAGUGUGGAAUUGAGCUUAAAAUAAAAGGUUUCCAUAAUGAAAAACCUGUCAUACUUGGGGGAUGUGAGACAGAAUUAUGUGCAUUAGAAGAUUUUUAUAAAACUUAUAGCCCAAUUGCUGAGGAAUGUGAUCUCAGAAAAUUAUGCUGCAAAUGUUGUAUGCCUAGUUAGUUUUCAUCUAACUAGUAAGAGCUUAACGCACAAGAAAGAGCAAAUUUUUUAAAACUAACUUUUGUUUUCAUGCAUUAAAUUGAUAUUUUGUGUUUCAUGUUUUUGAUCUCACUGUAAAGGAAAAACUGCAUUCACUAUUCUUGACUGCUGUAGGUACAGUGUAAUAGAAGUAGUUUUGUUUUUUGAUUUAAAAAUUUGUUUUCAGAAGCAUUUCUUGAGCUGUCUUCAAAUGUAUUUUUUAAUUUUUCUUUUGAAAACUUUGUUUCAUUUUAAACAAGAAGCUUAGCUUUACUUCCUUGCACAACAAAUAGGAAACGUAUUGACAAAAAAUGUCCACUCAGACUUCAACCUAAAUUUCCAUUUUGAUCACCCAGUUAUCAUCAGUCAUUUAUCAAUCAGUUAUUUAUCAAUAAUAUGUGUGACUCAACAACAUAUUUGAUCUCUCCCUUCCCCCAUUUAAUCCUUCAAAAUUGACCAUUACCCAGAGCCCUUCUUCCCCACAACCUGUGAAUUUUCUCUUCUCACUUCAGGGUCCCCCAAACCUACCACUAUUUAUGGUUUAACCAAUUGGAUGGGACCCUGAAGAAAGCUCUGAUUUUUUGAUCCAGACCAGAAACCAAGCCCUCCCUAGUCCAGCACCCCUAGAGGUAUCAUUUCACUUGGAGGACUUUGUGACCACAAGCAUAUUUAAGGUCCUCCAGUCGUCAUUAAUGAAGACGGUGGAUCUUCAACCAGCUGGGAUCUAACCUGGGACCCUCUGGCCACAAGUUUGAUACCUUACCGAUCAGGCCACUACGUCCUUACAACCUGUGGCUGUCAGUCUAUGACUUUGACAGGGUCAGAGCUUUCCCAGAAGGUAAUAUUCUCUUCUUAUGUUAAGUAAAUUGGAAAAAAAAAAGGGUGGCUUCCUUUUUAAAAAGUAAGGAGGAAAGCUUUUUCUCAUAAAAAUGGUCCAUAUAGUCAAGUUCUUCAUGAAAACUGGGCUCCAGGGCGCAUAUUUUCAUAAAACGUCUGGAAGGCGGACCACCCUUGAAAAUACUCCUAGGGGGCUAAUGUUUGUAUGUCACAUUACUGCAAAACUUCAAGUCAUAGAAUAUUGAAACUUUGAAUUUAGAACUUCUAUAGUAGAAUGUAAAGCAUUGUUUAUAUAUCUUUCAACGUACUGACAUGAAACAACAUAUAAAUGAAGACGACUUAUAAUCAAACUACUGACAAAUCACUUUAACUUUUAGCAGUGUAACACUUCAAAUUAAAAUUUGUGCAAAUGUAACAAUUGUAAGGGUCUAAUUAAGUUUUUUAUGUAAUUGGUACAAAUUUGGUGUGCAGUAGUUUUAUACUAAAGUCAUUAACUGAAUUUUUGAUUCAAACUUUUAGGUGAAAUAAAUCAUACCUGUAAUAUAUUUUAAAUAUUUAUUGUACCUACCAUUUCUUCAUUUAUCAAUGUAAUUAUUCUGUAAACUCUCAAUUAUCUGCAGAGCAGGGUGGCGCAAUAGCCGGGGAUAAGCAAAUUCCACAGAUAAUUGGUAAAAUUGGUAAACAACGAAAAAAACUCUAUGCGAUAGCUUUAAAAAAAUCAAUAACACUUGCGUACAUUUAAGUUGUAGCUUAACACUAUAAAAGUAAGUAAAAAAACACACUUAAAAGCUAAAAAGGGGACACUCAUUAUUAUAAAUGGAUUACGCGAGCAAAUUGUGCAGGGCAUAUUAAACUCAAUUGUGUUCGAUUCAAUCGAAGUCUAUCCAUCAGUAGUGCUGCCAGAAAUUUCUUUUGGUGCAACCUGAUGGAGAUUACUCGCUACGUUACUGGUAGAUGAAAUUCCAUCGGCUUGAAUACGUCCAUAAUUGAAACAGAUCAAGCUUGGCUACACCAAAAAUGUAUUGGGAAGGGGAGGGAAUUUGUUUUGCACAAAUGCAUUCAAGUCUCUUUUACGCAUGUAAGUAGUGUAGAUCUGAAAAUCGGGUUUCAACGAGUCCGGAUUUGGUUACCUUGUAAAGUUUGAUGUCAUUAAAAGGAAGGGGGAAAAAGAAACAGCAAUGUCUGAAAAGAUGCUGAAUAGAUUUUGCACUUAUUGAGUUAAAAUGGGUAAAUUUUAGCUAAAUUUUUCUCUAGUGCUAAAAUGAAUAAGAUUGAAUUGGUAUUUUGUGAAAAUGGUGUAUAAAUGUAAAAGUCCUAAGCUGCCGUUCUAAGCGCAAAAGUCGUAUCUGCAGCCGAGUUCAAAAUGGGAAACUGCCAUUUUGAUCCUCCGGGUAUUUGAUGUGGAACUUUUUAAAAAUCAAAAAAAAAAAAAAAACUAUUAACAAA